UCUUCAAAAAUCCCUCUUUUUCAAGUCUCCCUUUGCAAGCCUGUUUAACUAACUGGAUUCACUUUUUGCUUCUCACUUUCUUCUUUCUCUCUCCCUUUUGUGCUUUUAUUGUGCUUCUACCCGGUGUUGUGAGCAACAAUAUUGCUUUUUUUUAUUUUAUUUAGUUAAUCAUCUCUUGGAUUGGUUAACUAUUAGCAGUUAUUUAACACUGCUAGUAAUUUACAAUCCACUAUGUCAAGUAAAGAUCUUCUCUCGGCAGCUCUUGAUGAAUGUGGUCUUGAUCUUGAUACUGUUCAGACUACAUCGAGUCAAGACAAUCUCAAUGUUUUACAUCAAACAAAUGAGCAAUCCAGCACUAUUAAGGGUCCACUUACUCUUUCCAAUGGGGCAACUAUAAAAACUGGAAAUUACAUAGUGUAUAACAGGCUUACUAAUAGUUUAGUUCAAGUGAAAGAUGGUAAAACCGUCGGAGUCAUACCAAACACAUUAAUCCAAAAAAAUGGAUCAGUGAAUGCAAGUUUGCUUGUUAAACCAAAGACUAACAUCGAAUUUCGAAAAGUUACUCCUGUCAGCAGUUUCGAAUUAAAGAAAAGCGUAAAUGGAAAUACCUUCGAAAUUCGCAAGAUCACUCCCGGUAAUAGUUUAUUAAAUAAUGUUGUUCGGAUCCAAGCUCCUCAAGCCCAGCAAGUUCAACAAGUCCAGCAAAUUCAGCAAAUUCAACAAACUGUACAGUCUCUGCAAAGCAAUCAUGUAAUUAGACCUCAGUCACAGCCCAUAGUCAACUCAAAGCCUGUUAUUACUGUCAAACCAAUUCAAACGAAGCAAGUGUUUAAUCCUAGACCACAAACCUCUGUCAGCACACCGGUUACUCGCUUACAACAGCCACCUCAACUUCUAGACAUUCCAGAAGAAGAAGCUGAGGAAGAAAUAUUUCAAGCUGACACCUAUGCUGAUUAUAUGCCCUCAAAGUUGAAAGUUGGGCUUAAGCACCCUGAUUCUGUGGUAGAAACAAGCUCUCUAUCUAGUGUUCGUCCUCCUGAUGUUUACUAUCGACUCGCAAUCCCUGAAGAUGUGGUCGAUGAAGGGAAACUUUCUGCUCUUCAAUUAGAAGCGAUAGUAUAUGCAUGCCAACAACAUGAAGUAACUUUACCUGACGGCAGCAGAGCAGGAUUUCUCAUUGGUGAUGGUGCUGGUGUUGGUAAAGGUAGAACUGUUGCUGGUAUUAUUUAUGAAAAUUAUCUUUUAGGAAGAAAAAAAGCAAUUUGGUUAAGCGUUUCAAAUGACUUGAAAUAUGACGCUGAGAGAGAUCUCAGAGAUAUUGGAGCCAAAAAAAUCCAGGUUCAUCCACUAAAUAAGUUUAAAUAUGGUAAGAUUACCUCUAAAGAAAAUGGAGGAAUCAAAAAAGGAGUUAUUUUUGCUACAUACUCAUCUUUAAUAAGUGAAAGUCAUACUUCAAAUCAAAAAUAUAGAACCAGGCUGAAGCAACUUCUCCAUUGGUGUGGAGAUGAUUUCGACGGAGUUAUAAUUUUCGAUGAAUGUCAUAAGGCCAAAAACUUAUGUCCAUCAGCAGGCACAUCCAAAGCCACUAAAACAGGUCUAACGGUUUUAGAACUGCAACGUAGAUUACCAAAAGCUAGAAUUGUUUAUGCCAGUGCAACUGGAGCUACUGAACCUAGAGACAUGGCUUAUAUGACAAGACUUGGUCUUUGGGGUACUGGAACUUCUUUUCCUGAAUUCAAUGAUUUUAUUACUACGGUUGAGAAACGGGGUGUUGGUGCAAUGGAACUGGUUGCUAUUGAUAUGAAGCUUAGAGGAAUGUACAUAGCUAGGCAAUUAAGUUUCGCUGGCGUUCAUUUCAGAAUUGAAGAGAUACCUUUAUCCAAAAAAUUUAUCAGGUUAUACAAUCAAUGCGUUGAUCUUUGGGUUGAUGCAAGAUUAAAAUUCGAAAAGGCUUUAGAAUUGAUGGAAGGUGAAUCAAAUAUUAAAAAAGCUGUCUGGGCUCAAUUUUGGGCAUCGCAUCAGCGAUUUUUCAAAUACUUAUGUAUCGCCUCUAAAGUCAAAUACGCUGUUAAUCUAAGUCGAGAAGCUCUUAAAGAUGAAAAAAGUGUUGUUAUUGGCUUACAGUCAACAGGAGAGGCUAAAACUCUUGAACAGCUUGAAGAGAAUGGGGGUGAACUAAACGAUUUUGUCUCAACAGCAAAAGCUGUUUUCCAAUCUCUCAUUGAUAAGCAUUUUCCAGCUCCUAAUCGAAAGAAGACACUACGCUUAUUAGGUUUGGACUCGUCUUCCUUUUUAGAAGAUUUGGGAAUUAAAAUCCAACAGAAAGGUGAUAGACAAGUCCUGAUUAGUGAACCGGUUAAACCUAUGAAAAACAAUAAAAAACCGAAAGGCAAUCGAGCUAAACGUAAAAAGAAGAUGGAUCUUGGAGGUUUUGGACUUAGCGAUUGUGACACCUCUGAUAGUGAUAAUGAAGAUACUAGUGAUAGUGAUGAUGACGAUUUCUUACAAGUAAAAUCAGAUGAUGACAGUGAUGACUUCUCUGAUGUAGAACCAUGGGAUUUAUAUCAGCAAAAUAAACUUAAAGAAGGUGGUUUAAAGCGCAAAAAAGAAAAGACAAAUAAUGAUAAAAAACCUAAGAAAAAACUUAAAAUCUCUAAUAAAUUUGAAGAGCUAAAGGCCGAAUUCAUGUCUGAACAAGCUGGCCAAGUAUGUGAAGAAAUGAGAGACGAAUUAUUAAAUAAUUUAGAGAUUCUUGGUGAAAUGUUGCCGCCAAACACUCUUGAUCAACUUAUUGAGGAUCUUGGCGGAUGUGAUAAUGUUGCUGAAAUGACUGGCCGAAAAGGUCGUGUUAUUUCAAGUGAAGAUGGUUCUGUUCAAUAUGAAUCUCGAACGGAACAUGAUGUACCUCUUGAAAUACUGAAUUUAACUGAAAAACAAAGGUUUAUGGACGGCGAGAAACGUAUUGCGAUCAUUUCUGAAGCGGCAUCUUCUGGUAUAUCAUUACAUUCCGAUCGUCGAGCCAAAAACAGAGCCAGAAGAGUCCACAUCACUAUCGAGCUUCCUUGGAGUGCUGAUAGAGCUAUUCAACAAUUUGGUAGAACUCACCGUUCAAAUCAAGUCAAUGCUCCAGAAUAUGUUUUCUUAAUCUCAGAUCUUGCUGGUGAACAGCGAUUUGCUUCCAUUGUUGCCAAGCGGUUGGAAAGCUUAGGUGCAUUAACUCAUGGGGAUAGAAGAGCAACCGAGUCUCGUGAUUUAAGCAAAUACAAUAUUGAUAAUAAAUACGGCCGUCAAGCAUUAGAACAAACUAUGAAAUCGGUUGUUGGUCUAGCAACUCCUCUUGUUCCACCACCGGCGAGCUAUUCAUCACCAGAUUUCUUCGCAGAUUGUAGGAAAGGUUUAAUUGGAGUCGGUAUGGUAGUCUAUGAUUCAGCUACUCGAGUCUACUCUCUUGAUAAAGAUUAUCAAGUCAUUGCGAAAUUCCUUAACCGCAUCCUAGGCUUACCUGUUGAGCUACAGAAUGCACUCUUCCAGUACUUUAGCGAUACACUCGAUGCUGUUGUCAAACAAGCUAAAAGACUUGGUCGUUAUGAUCUUGGAAUCAUGGAUUUAACAUCAGAGAUUGGUAAAGUUGACCGAAUUGAACAUAGAACUUUCAUACGUAAACAUUCAACUGGUGUAGCUAAAAUUGAGUUACAUGUAGUUAAAGUUGAAAGAGGAAUGUCUUGGGAAGAAGCUCACUCAUUGGUUAGGCAUUGCAAGACUCCCGAAGAAGGUUUCUAUUUAACGCAUUCGGAGCACAUGGUUCGCAAAGGAAUCUUAUUAGCUGUUAGUGAUACUAGUACUCGUAUGUUCAGCAAGCAGAUUUUCCGUAUUUAUAAACCCAAUAUUGGUUUACAAACCAAAACAGAGACACUCAGCAGUCUCAAAGAGCGUGGAUCUAAGAUAACUAUUGAAGAAGCAGAAAAAUUGUGGACAGAUAUUUUUGAAUCAGCCGAAAAAACUUGUGGUCAUGCACUUUGGUAUGGAAAUUGCAGAAGAAUCUCAGCGAAACUCACCUGUGAUGUUGGUCUUCGUCAAAGAAUGUAUCAUAUUCUUAGUGGUUCGGUACUCACUAUCUGGUCAACAAUUGAAAAAGCAGUGCCUCAUGUUCAAUCGAGACUUCAAAUUAUUCGUUUAAAAACUAAAGAUGGAUUGAGAGUUAUCGGUACUCUCAUACCUCCAACUCAUGUUGAUGCUUUGCUUGAUGUCCUUUCUCCAGAUGAAUAGGUUGUGUUAAAGACGUUAAUUUUGUUGUUCACCUUAAAUCAAUUUCCACAUGUCUACCUAUUCUUUUCUCUUUCUCAUUUGAUCUGUGAUCAUCAUUAAUCUGCACCAACCCUAUUAGAAUGACUCAACACUGAAACUGGUAAAUACAAUUGCAUAGUUUGCAAGCGAAGGUUAACCUCGGUUUACAUGUUUUUUUUUGUUAAAUAAACUUUGUAAUUGCGUUUUUGCUUAGAAAUUAAAAUUAGUUGUGUAAAUA